UCGAUUCACAACCAUCCCACAAUGGCAAAGCUCAUAGCACUAGCACUUGCUUUCACAGCCCUUGUAGCCUUUGCUUCCGCCCACAGCACCAUCAUCACCACCACCAUCGAGGAGGAAAGCACAUUCUCGAAGCAGCAGUGCAGCCGACAGCUCCAGGGUCAAAGAUUGAAUCAGUGCCAGAGGUAUCUCGCGCAGGGCCAGAGUUUGUAUGAAGAAGACGACCGGAGUCAGAAACAGGGCGGCCUCCAGUUGUGCUGCCAAGAGCUCCAAUUCGUCGACGAGCAGUGCCAGUGUGAGGCUGUGAAGGAAGCAUUCCGGGAAGCCCAGAAGAUGCAACAACAACAACAGGGACAACAAGGCGGAAGCUUCGGUUCCAAGCAGAUCAGACAAAUGAUGCAGAAGGCUCAGAACCUUCCUAACCAAUGCAAACUCCAAACUAGACAAUGCCAAGUCGGAAAAAUCUCAAUCACCACCUUCACCACUAUCACCGAGGACACCACCUACAGCCGCCGUGGCUCGCAACAGCAGUGUGAGCACAUCCGAAGCCGACAAUUCAACCAGUGCCAAAACUUCAUCCAACGACAAAUGGGUUCCUAUGCAACCCUUCUGAUGAGCGUCAGCAGGCAAGGUCAACAGCCACAAGGUCUCGAACAAUGCUGCAAUGAGCUUCAGAACGUGGAGGAAGAAUGCCAGUGCGAGGCCAUGCAGGAGGUGUACAGGCAAGCCCAGAGGCAGCAGCAACAAGGGAGCCAACAACGUAGCCGACGUGGUGGACAGCCUCAGACCCAAGACUUGCAGCAGAUUGUUCAAAGUCUGCCCAACCAAUGCAAACUAGAAGUGCAGCAAUGCCGAAUCCCAUCUACCAUGUUCUAAGGUGGAGAUUAAUUAAUGAUCCAGGAAUAAAUGUCAUUCGCAUCUCUAAUCAGGUUUUACGGUUUUGAAUUUUGAGAUGGGAGUAGUUGCAAAAAUAAGUAGGCUCAUGGAGAGAUGAGUAUCUAUAAAUCUCAUGUAAUCGCUCUUUCAUCUUUUUUAUGAAUAAAUAAAAUGAUGGCUGCGUCUUUUAUUCCA